CAUAAUAAGAAGAUGGCUUGCAUUGUUUCUAGGUUCAAAGUUUUAUAUUUGUCUUUCUUAUUCGUCGUCGUAGCAAGUCUUCCAAGUGCUACAGCAUUGCCGAAAGUUUUCAACGUCCGACAUUAUGGUGCUAUAAAUGACGGCAAAACUGAUAAUGCCAAGGUGUUCACAAAUGUGUGGAAACGUGCAUGCUUAAGAAGAAGUGGACAUAGUAUAAUCUAUAUACCGAGAGGAACAUUUUAUCUCGGUGGUGUACAGUUCGUGGGACCAUGUAUAAAUAAAAUGGAAUUCGUUAUCAAUGGAAUUUUAUUAGCUCCUGCAAACCCUAAAGAAAUUAAACAAAAGAUUUGGAUCAACUUCAGAUAUAUUGAAAAUCUCUCUAUCUCUGGCAAAGGAACACUCGACGGUCAAGGAAAAAAAUCUUGGCCACUCAAUGACUGCUAUAAGAAUCCUAAUUGUUUUCAAUUUGCUAUGAGUAUGGGGUUUUCAUUCGUUAACAACUCAAAUAUUAAAGGGAUAACAUCACUCAACAGCAAAAUGGGACACUUCAACUUAUUCUCAGUACAUUAUUUCAACAUCACUGGGGUCACUAUAAGAGCUCCAGGCAAUAGUCCUAACACAGACGGGAUCAAAAUGAGUUUAUCGAGCAACAUUCGCAUCUCCAACACUCGUAUUGGCACAGGAGACGAUUGUAUCGCCAUUCUCGCUGGAACAUCUAAUAUUGAUAUCUCUAAAGUAAAUUGUGGUCCUGGACAUGGGAUUAGUGUGGGGAGCUUGGGGAGUAACAAAUAUGAAAAGGAUGUACAUGGCUUAACGGUAAAAGACUCGGUUUUUAACGGUACGAGUGAUGGUAUUAGGAUCAAGACAUGGGAAUCGUCGGCUUCAAAGAUCCUCGUCUCAAACUUUAUUUACAAAAAUAUUCAGAUGAUUGAUGUUGAAAAGCCGAUCAAUAUUGACCAGAAGUACUGCCCCUAUCCACCGUGCAAAAAGAAGGGAAACUCUAAUGUUCAGAUCCAAGACUUGGAAUUAAAUAACAUAUUUGGAACCUCGACAACCAAAGCGGCAGUGAGUCUCCAAUGCAGCAAGAGCACUCCUUGUAAAAAUAUUAAUCUAAUUGACAUUAGCCUAAAACACAAUGGACCUAGGAAGAAUGGUCCUGCCACUGCGGUGUGUAUGAAUGUUAAUGGUUCUGCUCGUGGCAAGAUGGUGCCUCGGCAUUGUCCUGGAUUUAAUAGACUAGACUAA